AUUUGAUUUGAACGAUAGAGGAUAAGAAACACCCAAUGCCAAUAGAUCCAAACGAGUAGUGUACAGGAUAGUGCAAAAGGAGCACAAUUGCAUAGAUCAUGAUUUCACCUAGCUGUGAUCCUAACGGAGAAUGCAAUGCUUACUAGCAUAUUAAUCUAAUUAAUCUCAAAAGUAAUGGCCGAGAAAUAAUUUGAAAUAACUUCGACUUCUGAUCCCAAAAGCAUCGUACAUCAUGCGGAGAUAGCUAUUGAGGUGUUUCUGGCCUCUCGAAUUUACUUCGUACAAUUAAAUAACAUCAUCUAAAAGUAUCACACCUUUGUGCUUGACUAUCGAUAAGAUCGUUAUCAAGGUUGAUCAUUAUCAAGGGAUCUUGAAGAAGACUCGCGACUUUCAAGUCCGGUUUCACAGAUAAUCAAGUUGACAACAUCUGCACUUGUGAAGAUUGGAAAUAGUGGAAAGAGGUUGACGCGAAGAAAGACGCGUGACCUCGAAGCGGACAGCCAAAGGCUGACUGACCCCGACUGUCUGAUCGGUGGCGAGAUCGCGAAUCUCUCCUGAACAGAAGCGGAGGCAUAUGCCGGGUAGACACGCUAUUAGACGACGACGUAGACGGAUACGUCGUCCACCAGUGCCGUAAUAAAGUGGCCCAGGUGGAGCCCAGGGUAUAUGCGCGGCGUAUUAAUAGCCAAGUAUAGUGAGGUGGUGGGGCCGCGGUCGCUCGCGGGUGAAAAUAGAAAAGAAUGUUUUUGGAAUCCAAUUGGACUUGGUUGGCAGAACGAUGGGGCAAUAUGGCCGACUUGGCCGAGCGGGUGGACGAUCUGAUAUGCAGUUUCGACUCGACUGGUGAGACGACCAUGGAUACACUAUCGAUGCUGAUAUUCGGCUGGAUGCUGUUCGGCUUAGUGGUGUUGUGUGUGGGCAAAUACGUGUACAAUCGUUUCGUGUUGAACGAGCUCGCCACCGCCGCUGCCACUUCGUCGUCCGUGCAGCUUGCUAAAGACAGCAUGUCCAUCACGGUGAGUGGUGUGUUGGCGGCUACCGCCGUUGGAAAACUAUUCGACAGAUCCAAGUCGACAUCACCCCCGUCAACGUCCUCGUCCUCGAUCGUGAGGGCUGGUACCGGUGGUGCAGGUGGUACCAUCGGUGCUGGUGGUACCGCUAGUGCUGCUAGUGGUGCUGGUGCUGGUGGUGGUGGUGGUGGUGGUGGUAGUAGCAGUGGUGGUGGUAUUGAUACCGGCGCGAUAGCAGGUGUGAGAUCACCAUCGCCAGGAGGCUACGUACCACCGACACCGCCGAUCAGGAAACGCCUGAGCAGGAAGAGCACCGGCGCCCUUAUCAGCCCGUCCCGAAGCUCCAGGUCGUUGCAUCUGCCGACCGCGACCGGCGCCGACGCCGAUGCCGUGCGCUGGGUUAACGAACUCAUCGUUUGGCUGCACUACGACCUCGUGAUCCUCAACGAACUCUUGGCCACUUGGGUGGCCUCCCUCAACGACUUUACCGCUGGCUCCACCGACGAGCACGGAGUCGGUGUCGAAUUUGUCCGCGUUCUUCCCGAGACACAUCCUCCAACCUUGUCAAACAUCUUCUGCGAAUGUGAUUCCAAGGACGAUGUGACUAUCACAUGCGAUUGCGAGGCUACUCCGGCUUUGCAGCUGAAGGCGUUUAGGCAACGAGGCGAUAAGGUGGAAGUUAAUCAUUAUCGGGUGAACGUCAAUCGCUUUCGCGCUCGUCUCAAUGUCGUCUGUAUCACCGAGAAACUACUGGUCGAUCUGAAAUGCGACGGCUGGCCGGAGGUAAAGGUUUCUCUGGCAGCGGUUGGCACAAUAAAGAAAGACUUGGACGAGAGCCAGUUACAAGAAGUGGUGACGGAAAUUGUGGUGGGUGCCUUGCGAGGCAUCAACGUUCACUUCAAUCUCUCUCAAUAUCCCACCUGUCCCCGAUUAUGGAGAGAGCCGCCUCCUCAGCCGGGAUUUUCGUAUCCCACGCAUUACGACAACGUGAACGUCUCGAACUCGAAGCUAUAUCAACCUCCGCAACAACGUCUUCAGGGACAUGUCGCUCCUUCGCCGGUAUCUAUGCAAUAUGCGCCCGGAGAGAGGCGAUUGCUCGUGAAGGUUGUGAAGGCGACGGACCUCGGUGGCCAGCAAGGAGCCGUGGAUCCUUAUUGCGUGGUGGAGUUAGAUGAACCGCCGCAAAAGAAUCAGACCUCUAUAAAGAAGGACACUAAGAAUCCCCUAUGGGACGAAGCGUUCUUAUUCGAUAUAAAUCACAAUACGACCGAAGUAUUGUUAGAGAUAUUCGAUCACGUCAAUAAAAGCCAAAGAUUUUUGGGACUCGGAAUCGUGGGCGUCGAGGAGCUUCUCGCAAAUCCGAGCCAGCGACAAAUCAUACCUCUUCAGGCACGGCCAUAUGAGGAGGAUGACAUUACAGGCACCCUCACCGUAGAGUUUCUGUUUAUCGAGGGUGCAGAGGUACCACAAAUCGGGACCAAGCCCUACAAAGUCAAGGAGACGAUAAAAGUACCAGUCUCAUCACCUACCCGUUCCUACAGCCAGACGAAUGUCAUCGGCAACAAUAGUCUAAACUAUAACAAUGGUAACAGUACACUUAUCUUGUACGACUCUGCCGCACAGUCGGAAGGGGAUUAUUUGACAAACGGCAACGUCGUAGAUGCACCAUACAAAAGCGGGCAGACAAACGGUAACAAAGGAACUUUGAUUGUCCACAGCCAGCAGAGGCAACUGGAGCGGCAGAUUGUAAAGGUCGCUCUGACGGAGAGUGGAAACUGGCAAGAGAUAUCCCCGGAGCACGGAACGAAGGAUGUCAGCGCUACCUCAGGUCCAGAAAGCACGCCUAAUUCUUCCAAUUCAGAAGAGAGAGGAAGAACACGAAGAAAACGACGCGAUUUCUUUGGCACCAUAAAGAAGCGAUUGAGCCGAUCUAAGACGAGAAGCAGAUCAGUGGGUCCUGAAGGAGAGGUCAAUCAUGAAGAUGCUCAUUCAAGAUCCAUAUCUGCCGAUAGAGCUCGCGAUCCCGGUUCCGCGCAUUUAUCGGUGCCAGAGCAAUCGCGACGUUCGAGCUUGAGUGAAGCGUCGGGUAUAAGUGGAACAUCCACGAGGACAUAUAUCAACGAAGCCUCCACGCUCGUUCUCGAAACUUUGGAGAACGGUAUAAAGAAGCAUUACCUCGUACCUCUUUCUCUCGCACAGAAGAAUAAAUGGAGAAAAAAGGGCACAAAGUUGCAUAUAUUUAACGACCAUACGUUUAUCGCCAAACACAUGGCUGGAGGAACGGUCUGUCAGGUGUGUAAAAGAACCCUCGCGCGGAGACUCGGCAAGCAGGGUUACGAGUGUAGGGACUGUCAGAUGAAAUGUCACAAGCACUGUCAUGUCAAAGUCGACAUAACGUGUCCUACGUCUACCAUCCAGAGCAUCGAGUUGUCAUACAUCAAAGUUCCUCCGCUCGAACGAAGGCCGUCUAUGCUUCUCUGCUCGCGAUAAAAUUGCGCGUUACUCACGAGCGACACGCUACACUUCGAAUUAAGCGAUUUAUUUUGUAACAUAAACGCAAAACGAUAAUCUUCAUUUAUUAAAGUUUCAUGUUUCACGUUAUUAUUCUUCCAUUUUCGAGACGAAGUUUAUAAUUUUAAGUCACGCACUCGUUGAUAUUUUGCGAAUACAGUUGUCUCACGGAAGAGACGGAAAGUUUGCAUUAAAGGAUAUUCCCGUAACAUAUAUAUAUAUAUAUCGUUUCCUAAACUCUCUCCUGUCCUAAUAAUCGUGAUACAGCUCGCGCUUCAUUUAUCGUCAAGUCGCAGAAUUAAUUUUGGCUGACAAAGGAUCGUGAUUGAAUCAGACUCGAUCGUACUAUCUUUUUAUUGAAAGAGCCAAAGACGCAAUAUUUCGUAGAUAAACGAAUUUUAAAAUUAAUUUAUCAAAUUCUUGUAAUUCUCUGUUUUCCGCAGAACGCACACAAAUACAUUUAUCGUACGUAUAGUUUAUCGCUGCGUUAGAAAAAAAACUAAUAAAAAUAACAAUAUUAAUAAAAUAAGUAACAUUAAUCACGGUAACAAUCUUUAUGAUAGUAAUAAUCAUGAAAGAGAAUAACGUUAGUUAUAUAAUUGAAAAACAGCUGCAAAAAUGCACCAGAUUGUUGCGUCUAAUUCUGAACUACUGAAUUAAAAUUUAUGUUUCCCUUGCGUUUAACACACAACUGUGGAUCAUAACUGUGUACCUGUAUAAUUUUGCCUUAAUGCAAAAAUGCGUCUAGUCGCACGUUAUCGGAGAACGAGGCUGCCUUAUUUUUGUCACCGUAUAUUAUAGCAACGAAAGACACGUCACGAAGCAAGUUAAUAAGAAUGUUAUCGAACAUCGAUGUAAAUAAAUGCAGAUAUUGGAGAUAAGUUUGAAUUUUUGCGGGCUAAUAAGAGCCAUGAUAGGUGCGUCAGUUUCAUAGAAAAUUGCAGCUAAUAUCAAAAAAUCAAUUAAUAUUUUUUCGAGGAAUAAGAUGAAGCUAUUACAUUUUUUUUUUUUUUUUUAAUUCAUUGUGGAUAAUAAAAUAUUUUUUUAAAAAUUAUAUUAAUAUAUCACUUGCAAUGUGCUUUGUAAAAUAUGGAAAUUUACUCAACUUACAAUUAGUGCAUUUUUGCAAAUUUUCUCGAUACAAUAUAAUUAAACUGAUAGGAAGAGGCGCGAAAAAAUUAUGGCAAAUAUAUAUAUAUAUUCAAAUUUUCAUCGAUUACUUCAUUUGAUUAUAUUUUAUACAAAUUCAACGGAUAGUCUCUUUUGUAUGCCAACGCAGGGAAAAACAUUAAAUCGCUAAGAUAAUUUAUAUGAUUAGAUAUAUCUCGCUAUAAUAAAUAUUAGUCCGGAGUACAAAAUGCAAUCAAAAAUGCAUGCAAAGAAUCAAUCUUGGAUCUAAGCACCUUAUAAGAUUAGGCAUCGAUAUAUAACGAUACAACAUCUGCAAGUAGAAAUGACUUUAGAAAAUGGGACUAACUUCCGCCCUAAAAAACCUAAAGCAAUCGUGAAAAUAUUUCUCUUUGUUUCGCAUUUUUCUAUGUAUUCUAAAUGAUGUACCAACAGCUUCAACAACUUUUCUGACCACUUUCUAUAAGCACAAUUAAACUGUUAGAAAAUUUCAUCGACCAACUUCAUGAUCAGUGAACGAACGAUGGUAGCCAAAAAAAAAAAAAAUGAUAUUACAAAAUAUGCAUUCAUUAAUUUAACACGCACGCACACGUAUCGAAAUAGUGAAAAAAAAAUGGUUAGGUGUAGCAAAAAAAAAAAAAAAAACGGUAAGGAUCGAAAAACACGAGUUCUACUUUUCCGCAGGCUGUGAAACAUUCUGCUAGCGAAUCGAAAGUCAUAACACAUAUUUUACGCGUGGGUUUUAUUCACAAGUGGAUUUAUCUUUCCGUUCUUAUAUAGAGAUGAGAGGAGGUUGUGAAUUAACUUUAUACAUCUAUAUUAUUAAAAAUUAUUCAUUCAGCGACAUAAUAUCGAAAGUAUAUAUGUAUUUACUGUAAUAUAUUAUUUAAUUUAUUAUAUUGAUUUUUUAUUUAACAUAUUUUGACAAUAGGAAGGAGAAAGAUAGAUAUAAAAUUGAUAAAGAACAUAUAUAUUUAAUAGUCUCGUAUAUUCUCAUAUUGGUCGCUAUAUCUGCUAAAAAUUAUGAGGGAAUCAGGAAAAUAUAUUACAUAUUCAUAUUUUGAAUAUUUCUUCUAAAAAUUUCUCUCUCAUGCUUCAAAGCCUGUCUUUCUCCUUCUGCCUGUGAAUCUGUCAGUGACAGAUUAGAAACUCACGUAUGAUUUCUAGAGCGUUCAAAUUUUAUAAAAUAACAAUUGCUAGAUUUUGCACAAGUAACUAUUCUUUAAAAACACCACAUAAUCGAAAGUAUGUAUAGAACGAUUUUGCAAAGCAAUUUAUCGUUGGAAUAAUUAAUCAAGGUAAAUGAACAUUUCUUCACUGUAUGCUCUGCAAUACGCACACCUGCAUUCGUAUCCUCCUUUGUUUGCCGUAAAAAAUAUCGUUAAACGAAUCAUCGUAAUUGUCAUAACAUCGAAACAAAUUACGAGGCGUUGAUUGCGCUAAAAAAGAAACGUAUAAGCGACGACGAAUGUGCCUAUAAUGAAUGUUGUUACGUAAUAAUAAUGUUAUACACUUUUCACACAUAUAGAAAGUCUAUUUAUGGACGGUAUUUCCAAUUGUUCCGCAAAAGCUUUCUAUUAUCGAUCCAACAUCGAUCAUAUAUCUCUCUAUAUGUACGUCUAAUGUAAUGUAAGGAGACCAUGACACCACGUCGAUUAUUAUGCAUUGCCGAUUUAUAAUAAUAUAUACGCGAUGAUAGUUAUAUAUAUAUAUAUAAUGUUACUAUUAAUAUAUAAAUUAUAGUGGAGAUGAUGAAGAGAUGAAGAUGAUGAUAAUGUAACGUUACAGAAAGUAAUAUAUUGUGAUUCUACAA